GUCGGGGGCGGGAGCGGGGAGGGGAGGCAGGGCAGGGCAGGGCGGCAGAGACAGUGGCUGGAGCAAGUCAGCAGGGCGCAGGCAGGCAAGGCACAGGGAGGCUCCAGGAAGUUAAGUCACUUGCAGGAGGAAGCAGAGCCAAUCCGGAGACAGCAUGUACUCACCCAUCCCCCAGAGUGGCUCUCCGUUCCCAGCCUCGGUGCAGGAUCCCGGCCUGCACGUAUGGCGGGUGGAGAAGCUGAAGCCGGUUCCCGUGGCCCCUGAGAACCAGGGCAUCUUCUUCUCGGGAGACUCCUACCUAGUGCUGCACAAUGGCCCGGAAGAGCUCUCCCACCUGCACCUGUGGAUAGGCCAGCAGUCGUCCCGGGAUGAGCAAGGGGCCUGCGCCGUGCUGGCCGUGCACCUCAACACCCUGCUUGGGGAGCGGCCUGUGCAGCACCGAGAGGUACAGGGCAAUGAGUCCGACCUCUUCAUGAGCUACUUCCCACGUGGCCUUAAGUACCAGGAAGGCGGCGUGGAGUCAGCAUUUCACAAGACGUCGCCAGGGGCCACCCCAGCUGCCAUCAGGAAACUCUACCAGGUGAAGGGCAAGAAGAACAUCCGUGCCACUGAGCGGGCACUGAGCUGGGACAGCUUCAACACAGGGGACUGCUUCAUCCUGGACCUGGGCCAGAACAUCUUCACCUGGUGUGGUGCAAAGUCCAACAUCCUGGAGCGUAACAAGGCACGGGACCUGGCGCUGGCCAUUCGGGACAGCGAGCGGCAGGGCAAGGCCCAGGUGGAGAUCGUCACCGAUGGAGAGGAGCCUGUCGACAUGAUCCAGGUCCUGGGCCCCAAGCCCGCUCUGAAGGAGGGCAACCCUGAGGAAGACCUCACAGCUGACCAGACAAACGCCCAGGCUGCGGCUCUGUAUAAGGUCUCUGAUGCCACUGGACAGAUGAGCCUGACCAAGGUGGCCGACUCCAGCCCCUUUGCCCUCGAGAUGCUGAUACCCGACGACUGCUUUGUGCUGGACAACGGGCUCUGCAGCAAGAUCUACAUCUGGAAGGGGCGCAAAGCUAACGAGAAGGAACGGCAGGCGGCCCUGCAAGUGGCUGAGGACUUCAUCGCCCGCAUGCGGUAUGCCCCGAACACUCAGGUGGAGAUCCUGCCUCAGGGCCGCGAGAGUCCCAUCUUCAAGCAGUUCUUCAAGGACUGGAAAUGAGGGCGGGCCUCUCCCUGCCCCCACCUGCUGCCCGCUUGCUUCUCCUCCAGCUUCCCGGUCAGUGCCGAGGUGCCCCCGCCGAUGAUCAAUAAAGGAGACCAGUGCCCUCUGCCUGCA